AUGUCAGAAAGUGAUACAAAGAAGUUGAAGGUGGCCUUUAUCCAUCCUGAUUUAGGGAUUGGUGGUGCUGAGCGUUUGGUUGUUGAUGCUGCUAUGGGCUUACAAGAGAAAGGCCAUAAGAUUGAUAUUUUCACUAGUCAUUGCGAUAUGUCCCAUUGUUUUGAAGAGGUCAAGUCAGGUAAGCUUAAUGUUGAAGUUCAUGGUGAUUCUCUUCCAACUACUAUUGGUGGAAAGUUUUACAUUAUUUGCUCUAAUUUAAGGCAAUUGUUUCUGAUAUUUAGAAUGAUACUUAGUGGAAAAAUCAAUGAAUAUGAUGUAUUCUUUGUAGACCAAUUAUCAACCUGUGUUCCAUUGAUACAUUUAUUUAGCAGUGGUAAGAUAUUAUUUUACUGCCAUUUCCCAGAUAUGUUGUUAGCCUCUAGGACAUCUUUACUAAAGAAAAUUUAUAGAAUCCCAUUUGAUAUACUCGAACAAUACACAAUCAGUGUUGCUGAUAGCAUAGUGGUUAAUUCUAAUUUUACUAAAUCUAUUUAUGAAAAGACAUUUAAAUACAUAUCUAAUGUACCUGAUGUUGUUUAUCCAUGUGUUGAUACCUCAGCGAAUGUUGUUAUUCAAGAUGUAGACAAAAGUAUAUUUAAGAAACUUUUGAAGGAAGAUGAUAUCUUUUAUUUAAGUAUUAACCGUUAUGAAAGGAAAAAAGACAUAAGUCUGGCAAUUAAAUCAUUUGGGCAAUCUGUAGAAAGAUACUCAAAAAAUUGCAGAUUGGUUAUAUGUGGUGGAUAUGAUGAAAGAGUCACUGAAAAUGUCGAAUACUUAGAGGAAUUGAAAAAGGAAACCAAAGAACUUGGUAUGGACUUCGUAGUAGGAUUUUAUCAAAAAUUAGUUGAUCAAGAUUAUUUGAAUUCCUUUGAUUCUUCAAAUGCAAAAGUUAUCUUCUUGACGUCGAUUUCAUCAUCUUUAAAAGAAUUAUUAUUAGAGAAAACAGAAAUGCUAUUGUACACGCCUUCAUUCGAGCAUUUUGGUAUUGUACCAUUGGAAGCAAUGAUAAAUGGGAAACCUGUCCUAGCUGUAAACUGCGGCGGUCCCCUAGAGACCGUCGAGUCCCUUGACAUAAAUAUUAAUGCCACUGAAACUACAGGUUGGCUGAAAGAACCUAAUCCUCAAGAUUGGGCUUCUGCAAUUAAUGAAUAUGCCCAAAUCAGAAAAGAUAAAUCAGGUACAUACGAUAAAGUAAAUUUCAAGAAGAGUGGUCCUAAAAGAGUUGCAAAACUAUUUUCGCGUGAUGCAAUGACAGCAAAUAUCGAGAACAAUAUUGACAAAAUGAUAUGGAAGGAUAAUUUGAGAUAUCCUUGGGAAAUAGCAUUAACAGUGACGUUUAAUAUUUUACUUCAAAGUACAAUUUCUAAGAUACUUCCUAACAAUAUAAUUCCAUUUUUAUUUUUAUCGUUGUUAGUUGGUGUAGUGUUUAAAAGUAAAACUUGGUCAUUAUACUGGCUUGCCAUGUCAGCAUUUCUAUAUUUUUCAUAA